GCGCAGGGAAUCCCACGUAAGCGGGGCGGUGACGUCAUAGCCCCCAAGUUCCAGGGCACUCUGAGAGCCCUGAUGGAGCGCCUCCUGGGUUCGAGGUUUGGUCUCCUCUCCUGCGGCCCACCACUUCCCCUUCACCCCAGCCUGGGGCGGGGGACCUGGCGGAGCACUGUGCGUAUGGUGGUGCGUGCAGCUUCGUGCUAAGAAAGUGGGGAGCCACAUGCACAUAGUAAUGGGUACAGUUGGGACCCCUGAGGUCAAAUCCUGCGUCAGAUUCUGGGAAUCACCCAGGGCAAGUCACCUCGCCUCACUCGGCCUCAGUUUCCUUAUCUGUAAAGUGGGGAUGGGAGCUGCAGAAUUGGGAGUAAAGAGACUGCUCCUUUCCUGCCCACUUAAGCACAGCACGCCCCAGGGGCAACAGGGGGCGCUCGCGUGCUUGGACGGAGAUCCGGCUGUGCUCAUGCGCAGUCUCAUCACCGACGCUCCGCACCUUCACUCCGUCCCUGAGCAGGCGCAGCACGAUCACUCGCCCCUGGCCCCGCCCACGCGCUGCGCAGGCUCUUUGGCGCCCCGUCCAAGGUGGCUUCGUCUGCCGCCGGCUGAGCGUGAGUCCGACGCCCAUCGAACCAAACUUCCGGACCUGAUCACGCGUGUAUUCGUCUCGCGAGAUCACAAAAAACGAGUUUCCGGACUCGGGGCCGGCGGGCAAGCAGCGUGGGAGAGGCUCAGCAGUGACAUGUGGCCCCUCCGGGCUCCAGGCCCCUGGCGCUUGGCCCUGGCCCACCUGCGCCGGGCCAGCUCGCAGGGGGCAGGAGGUGGCGGGGGGCCCCCGCGCGGCCCGGGCCUGCGCACCCGCCUGCUGGUGACCGGGCUCUUCGGGACGGGGCUGGCCGUGGCGUGGCUGUCGGCCCGCGCCGAGAAGGAGCGGCGGGGGCAGCAGCGGCGGAUGGAGGCUUUGCGCAGCGCAGCGGUGGGCCAGGGAGACUUCCACUUGGUGGACCACACCGGCCGUCCCCGCCGCAAGGCCGACUUCGCGGGCCAGUGGGUGCUCCUGUACUUCGGCUUCACGCACUGCCCGGACAUCUGCCCCGAGGAGCUGGAGAAGCUGGCCGGAGUGGUGCGCAGGCUGGACGCCGAGCCGGGGCUGCCGCCGGUGCAGCCCCUCUUCGUCACCGUGGACCCCGAGCGGGACGACGUGGCCGCCGUGGGGCGCUACGUGCGCGAGUUCCACCCGCGGCUGCUGGGGCUGACGGGCACCCCGGAGCAGGUGAGCCAGGCCGGCCGCGCCUACCGAGUCUACUACAGCGCCGGGCCGCGGGACGAGGAUCAGGACUACAUAGUGGACCACUCCAUCAUCAUCUACCUGCUCAACCCCGACGGCCUUUUCACGGAUUACUACGGGCGCAGUAAGACCGAGGAGCAGAUCACGGACAGCGUGCGGCGCCACAUGGCCGCCUUCCGCAGCAUGCGCUGAGUGCCGCGGGCGACAGCGAGCCAGGCUGGCACCAAGCGCGGUUCUGCACCCCAUUCUCUGGUCCACCAGAUACAUUUAUUCUGUGAUGAGGAUUCUCUACACUUCGCUCAACAAGGGAGUGGGAAAUAAACGUAUUUGUUGUACAAACACAA